CAUGUUCUUAUAAAAGGCAGUGGAGCAGACAGGAGGGACACACCGCUCUCCUGUGGACUGUACUGCUGAUCUAGAAUGGCCCAGAACGGAACAGCGCAGAACGGCCCCGUUGAAGGAACCGCGUCGGUUCCACAGCCACUCAAAGUCCAGGACAUCAGACACACCAAGAUUUUCAUCAAUAAUGAGUGGCACACGUCCAGCACAGGAAGGACUUUUCCAACGUUCAACCCAGCUACAGGUGUCAAACUGUGUGAUGUGGAGGAAGGAGACAAAGAUGACGUGGACCGGGCGGUGCCGGCCAAGGCGGCGCAGCAGAGAGGCUCGGCCUGGAGGAGGAUGGACGCGUCCAGUCGGGGACGUCUGCUGCACAGACUGGCCGACCUGAUGGAGAGGGACAGGCUCCUGCUGGCGACCCUGGAGACCCUGGACUCAGGGACCUUCCUUCAGUCCUUCUACGUGGACCUGGACGGAAGCAUCAAAACUCUACGAUACUACGCAGGCUGGUCCGACAAGGUCCACGGGAAGAGUCUUCCCAUCGAUGAGAGCUUCAUGUGUUUGACCAAACAUGAGCCUGUGGGUGUUUGUGGAGCCAUCAUCCCAUGGAACUUCCCUCUGCUAAUGUUUUCAUGGAAGAUUGGUCCAGCGUUGAGCUGUGGGAACACCGUGGUCGUAAAACCAGCAGAAGAGACGCCACUGACAGCACUGCACAUGGGCUCACUGAUCGCAGAGGCGGGGUUUCCUCCUGGAGUCGUCAACAUCAUCCCAGGGUUUGGUCCAACGGCAGGAGCUGCCAUCGCCAACCACAUGGACAUCGACAAAGUGACCUUCACUGGUUCUACACAGGUUGGUCAGCUGAUCAAAGAGGCGGCGGCUAAAAGUAACCUGAAAAGAGUGACUUUAGAACUGGGAGGGAAGAACCCCUGCAUUGUGUUCUCCGACUGUGACUUGCAGCUGGCGGUGGAGGAGACCCACAAAGGUGCGUUCUAUAACCAGGGUCAGUGCUGCACGGCUGCGUCUCGUGUGUUUGUGGAAGAAAGUAUCUAUGAAGAGUUUGUUCUGCGCAGCGUAGAACGUGCCAAGAAAGUAGUGAUUGGAGACCCUUUGGACCCCCUGACGUCCCACGGACCACAGAUCAGCCGGCGUCAGUUCCUGAAGAUCAUGGACCUCAUCGACAGUGGGAAGGAGGAGGGGGCUCGACUGGAGUAUGGGGGGGUGGCAGUGGGGGGGGCAGAGAGCCUUUUCAUCCAACCAACCAUCUUUUCCAACCUCAGAGAUCACAUGAGGAUCGCCAAAGAGGAGAUCUUCGGCCCGGUUCAGUGUAUCUUCAGCUUUAAGAGCCAACAGGAAGUGGUGGAGCGCGCCAACCGUUCGCCGUUCGGCCUGGUGUCAGCCGUCUUCACCGGCAGCGUGGACCGGGCUCUGUCCAUGUCGGCGGCGCUGGACACCGGAACCGUCUGGGUGAACUGUUACAAUGCCCUCCACGCCCAGACGCCCUUUGGUGGAUUUAAGAUGUCAGGACACGGACGAGAGCUUGGAGAAUAUGCCCUGGCUGAGUACUCUGAGGUGAAGGCAGUGACCAUCAAACUGAGAGAAACUCUGUGACUGGAACUGGGCCAAAACCUGGACCCCCCAGCAUUCAGAACCCACCCUCUCAUCAGGCGAGGUCUAAAUGCCCUCUCCAUCCACCACCACCACCAGCAUCAGAACAUAGACCUGCCAACAUUGACGACUUUUCUAAAGUCAUAUUUUGUGUCAGACUUUGUGUAAAUGAAUGUUUGACUUUGUACUAAUUCUAGUGAAAUAAAGACCCUAACCCUUUUUUUUUUUUUUUUUUUCAGUUUCCACUGACGUGUGUGAACUACAUCUGAAAAUGUAAACCUGAAACAUUUCUUUGUCCUUUGACAUAAUUAGAAACUGACAGAACUGUAACAUGAACCCACCUUGUAUUUAUUGUAUUAGUGUGUUUUAUCUACGUAAACAUUCCCAUGUUUUAUAUGAUGAAGUAAAUGAAUCUUAUGUGACUGAAUGGGACACACCACCCCCCGCUGAGUUCUCAUUGAAGGGUUUGGAUCUUCUCACCUAUCCCACAGAUCCAUUAACCUGUAGCUCAUCAUUCUCUCUAUCAAAUCCCCACAAGCUCCGCCCCCUCCACUGUGACCCUUGGGAGGUGAAAGGUCAUUGGAUGCCGUCCGUUUAUGCGUAUGUUUGACUUAAUGGAUCCUGUAUCUGCUGUUGUGUGUUUACCUCAAACAUAUCAUUGUGUAUUUGUUCAUUGUGUUGUGUGUGAAAUAGUCUUUCACACCAUUUUACUUAGUUUUGUAUUUUAUUAGACAUUUUAAAUAAAGAAAUUCAAAUAUUCUCUGU